UUACCGAUGUAAGAAACAGCUUGUGAUAAAGCUACAUAAAGACUCGGACAUUAGCCAAAUGGGCGCUCUAUCAAAGCUACCCGAUUUAAAUCGCCUAGUUAUACAUAAAAAAUGUAAUUUCUUAAAUUAUCCUAACACAAUUGCAAAUUUUCUCCAAUCAAUGGUCCCAAAUGGGUCAUUUGCAUUAAAAUCAGUAAAAUUAAAUUAUCAAACCGUAAAUGAAGUAGAAUGCAUAGAACUUGCAAAAAUAGAAUCAAUUCGAUUUUUGGGGUGCUAUUUCUCUGACUGGAAUUUAAUCAAGUCUCUAAAUCAAUUAACCAACAUGCAACAUCUGCAAAUUGAAGUCCGACGCGAUAUAAUUGAUAACAAUACUUCUAGACAUAUCCCCAAUCUGCUUGCCGCAUGUCAUGUGCAAGCCUCCAUCAUUUGCGAAGAUUUUCAUAUUACCUUAAAAAAGAAGGAAAAACAUCUGGAGGUUUGGGUAAAAGGUUGUCCUAAGGCCGAUUUCCUCACUCCUCUUGCCCAACUUACGGGCGUUAGCAUCCUCGAAAUCUCAGGGAAAUCUCUUAAAUCACUAAAUGGACUCUUGAAAGCAUUCGCCACCAACAGUUUAAGUCCGAUAGAAGAAUUACAAAUAAGUGAAUUGAAAAGAACAAGUUUCAAAGAUAUCUCAAACGUGGAAGAAAUUCAAACCAUUAAGAAAAUGUCGUGCUCCCUUUCAAAUCCAACUGAAAUUGAACAAUUGGCAAACUUGAAUAAUCUUGAGGAUUUGACCAUAACUGGAAAAGGAAAUCUAGGCCCACUUUUUACUAAACUAGCUGAGAAGAAUAUAAUUAAAAGUAUUCGUAAUUUCAAAGAACUCGUCCCCGAGGAAGUUAUAAAGGUUUCCCGAAUAAACUCACUGAAAAAACUAGACUGUUUUUUUUCUGACUUGGAAGAUAUACAGUCCUUGUCAGAACUAUCGAACUCCAGUAUUGAAGAAUUGAUCGUAAACAUAUCAAAUCCAAGCUAUUCCCUACAGAAAUUAUUGUCCGCAUUUUCUUCAAAUAGUACAACUCGGCUGGAGCAACUGAAUACGACGAACAAAACCAUUGAUAUUACAGAAAUGUCUGAAAUUUCUAAGAUAAAAGGUAUUACAAAAUUGAGUGCAAAAUUCAUCAACUCAGAAUGUGCUCAAUAUUUAGUUCGAUUACCCCAUCUAGAGCACUUGGAAAUUAAACAAUUUAGUAAAAACGAAAUUAACCCUCUAGUAAAUCCUUUGAGAGAUUUGGCUCACAAAUCACCAUCUACUCUUCGAAAAUUGGACUUAAAUGAUUUCAUUGGAUUCAGUGAAUGUAAAUAUUUGAGCCAACUUGAAGCUUUGGAGUCCUUGAAGUGCAAGUUGCACAACGAGACGGGAAUAGAAGUAUUGGUAAAUAUAAAAAGUCUAAAAUAAUUAAUCAUCUCUGACGCAAAGGACUCGCUUAGUGAACUUUACCGGGCUUUUGGACUUAAAAGUAAUUCCACUUUACAGGAACUGCAUACUCCAAUUAGAUUUUCCGAUGAGAUUCGUGAAAUAUCACAAAUUAAAUCGCUAAUUAAACUUCAUAUUGACUACAAAGAAACGUGCAACAACUUGUCAGACCUUGGUCAACUAAAUGAACUAAAAUCAUUGCAAAUAGUGGAAAAAUAUCCUGCUAGAAUAGAUUGCAAUAGCCUAUUGCCGAUUUUUAAAUCUUGUCUAAUGCUUGAUUGCGUCACAUUGGUAUUUGAUGAAUGGGGGACGUUGGCUUUCAACUUCGUGAGCGAAGUGCACACUAUUUUGAAAUCUGUAAGAAAUAGUGAACUUCAAAAAUCGUUGAAUCUUACUAUAUUUCAAAAGUCCACUUUUCCGAAAUUUCAUGUAGAAGACAUUGAUGAGGCGUACUUGAAUGUUUCCUAUUCAUACGAACCCCAUUAUGAGGUAGUGGAAAUUUGUUCUGGUGAUGAAGAAUCCGACGACUCUAAAUCCUUUGAUAUGGAUUGGUAUUACUGAUAACGUAUGGACUGUUAUUAAAAAACAAAUCUUUAAAAAAUAAAAAUUACUUUGAUAGAUGGUGUAUCUUCUUGUAACCAAUGUUAAUUUUAGGGGUAAUC